GAUUCGCUCCGCCUCCGCCGGGCUCGGCUGCCCUCGGCAGCUUCCUCGCCCGGCUCUCGCUCGAUCCUCCUCCCCUCCCCCUCCCGGAUCGCGAUGGACGCGGCCUCCCCCCGCCGCCGCCGCCCGCUGCACCGCGCGGGCCUCUGAGCUGCAGGGCUCGAAGAGCCUCGUGCUUGGGGACUGGACCUCCGCUGGCUGCCGUCGCUCGGGGGAACCUCUCGCUUCCCUGUCACCAGGUCUCCGCGGAGGAAGGGGAGGGACGAGGCGCGGCUUUUCCUGUGCCGCCUGCCCGGUUCGACCUGCGCGGCCUGCGGCUUCUUGGGUACUCGAGGGCCGCGGCCGGGCCUGGCUCUGCCCGCGGCCUGCUUGGAGCUGGACCAGAGUGGUUUGGGACAACAAGCCCGACAAAGAGGCUUUUGAAAAACCAUGGCAGAUGUGGAUCCGGAUACAUUGCUGGAAUGGCUACAGAUGGGCCAGGGAGAUGAAAGGGACAUGCAACUAAUAGCCCUUGAACAGCUAUGCAUGCUGCUUUUGAUGUCGGACAACGUGGAUCGCUGUUUUGAAACAUGUCCUCCUCGCACUUUCUUACCAGCCCUCUGCAAAAUUUUUCUUGAUGAAAGUGCUCCAGACAAUGUGUUAGAGGUGACAGCCCGUGCCAUAACAUACUACCUGGAUGUAUCUGCAGAGUGUACCCGAAGGAUUGUUGGGGUAGAUGGAGCUAUAAAAGCACUUUGUAAUCGUUUGGUUGUAGUUGAACUUAACAACAGAACUAGCAGAGACUUAGCUGAACAAUGUGUAAAGGUAUUAGAACUGAUAUGCACUCGUGAGUCAGGAGCAGUCUUUGAGGCUGGUGGUUUGAAUUGUGUGCUUACCUUCAUUCGUGACAGUGGACACCUGGUUCAUAAAGAUACCUUGCACUCCGCCAUGGCUGUGGUGUCAAGACUUUGUGGCAAAAUGGAACCUCAAGAUUCUUCUUUAGAAAUUUGUGUAGAAUCUCUGUCUAGUUUAUUAAAACAUGAAGAUCAUCAGGUUUCAGAUGGAGCUCUGCGAUGCUUUGCAUCUCUAGCUGACCGAUUUACCCGUCGUGGUGUUGACCCAGCUCCAUUAGCCAAGCAUGGAUUAACUGAGGAGCUAUUAUCGCGAAUGGCUGCUGCUGGUGGUACUGUAUCAGGACCGUCAUCAGCAUGUAAACCAGGUCGCAGCACCACGGGAGCUCCUUCUACAACUGCAGAUUCCAAAUUAAGUAAUCAGGUGUCAACAAUUGUAAGUCUGCUCUCAACACUUUGCAGAGGUUCUCCAGUAGUAACACACGAUCUCCUGAGGUCAGAGCUUCCAGACUCAAUUGAGAGUGCAUUGCAGGGUGAUGAAAGAUGUGUACUUGAUACCAUGCGUUUGGUUGACCUUCUCUUGGUGCUAUUAUUUGAAGGACGAAAAGCUUUGCCAAAGUCUAGUGCCGGAUCUACAGGCAGAAUCCCAGGACUCCGGAGAUUGGAUAGUUCUGGGGAGCGCUCACAUCGGCAACUUAUAGACUGUAUUCGAAGUAAAGAUACUGAUGCACUUAUAGAUGCAAUUGACACAGGAGCCUUUGAAGUAAAUUUUAUGGAUGAUGUAGGCCAGACUCUAUUAAAUUGGGCCUCUGCUUUUGGAACUCAGGAAAUGGUAGAAUUUCUUUGUGAGAGAGGUGCUGAUGUUAAUAGAGGUCAGAGGUCAUCAUCAUUACAUUAUGCUGCAUGUUUUGGAAGACCUCAAGUAGCAAAGACUCUGUUACGGCACGGUGCAAAUCCAGAUCUGAGAGAUGAAGAUGGGAAAACUCCGUUAGAUAAAGCUCGAGAAAGGGGUCAUAGUGAAGUAGUAGCUAUUCUUCAAUCUCCAGGUGAUUGGAUGUGUCCUGUUAAUAAAGGAGAUGAUAAGAAAAAGAAAGAUACAAAUAAAGAUGAAGAAGAAUGUAAUGAGCCCAAAGGAGAUCCAGAAAUGGCACCUAUAUACUUGAAAAGGUUAUUGCCAGUGUUUGCACAAACAUUUCAGCAAACUAUGUUGCCUUCAAUAAGCUGUGUCAGGUGCCUCUCUAUGACACCAAUUGCAAUUUUUGCCUCUUCGUUCUUCCGUCCAGUCACCUCAAGGGUACGAACUAUGGCUCGAGAUUUAUAUGAUGACCACUUUAAAGCUGUUGAAAGCAUGCCUCGUGGAGUAGUGGUAACACUCAGAAACAUCGCAACUCAGUUAGAGUCAUCUUGGGAACUUCAUACAAAUAGACAAUGUAUCGAGGGUGAGAACACUUGGAGAGAUUUAAUGAAGACAGCUUUAGAAAACCUAAUUGUACUUUUGAAGGAUGAAAACACAAUUUCACCAUAUGAAAUGUGCAGUAGUGGCUUGGUGCAAGCACUUCUUACUGUUUUAAACAACGAAGAUGAACCACAGGAAGAUGCUAAAGAAUUGCAACAAGGUAAACCAUAUCAUUGGAGAGACUGGUCAAUCAUUAGGGGAAGGGACUGCUUAUAUAUUUGGAGUGAUGCAGCAGCCUUGGAAUUAUCUAACGGCAGUAAUGGAUGGUUCAGAUUUAUCUUGGAUGGAAAACUUGCCACCAUGUAUUCAAGUGGUAGUCCUGAAGGUGGAUCGGAUAGUUCAGAAAGCAGAAGUGAAUUCUUAGAGAAGUUACAAAGAGCCCGAGGCCAAGUAAAGCCAUCUACUUCAAGUCAACCUAUACUCUCUGCACCAGGACCUACUAAACUUACUGUAGGGAAUUGGUCACUAACAUGUUUGAAAGAAGGAGAAAUUGCUAUUCAUAACUCAGAUGGUCAGCAAGCUACAAUAUUGAAAGAAGAUUUACCUGGUUUUGUAUUUGAAUCUAAUAGAGGAACCAAACAUUCGUUUACUGCAGAAACUUCUCUGGGUUCAGAAUUUGUGACUGGCUGGACUGGCAAAAGAGGCAGAAAACUGAAAUCAAAGUUAGAAAAAACAAAGCAAAAGGUAUUUGUGGGAGGUGCUUUUUCACUGUCUUUUGUAUCGACUUGGAAAGCAAGUCUUGCUCUAAUUCGAAAAAUGAUUCAUUUUUGCUCUGAAGCACUGUUAAAAGAAGUUUGUGAUUCUGAUGUUGGUCACAAUUUGCCUACAAUACUAGUGGAGAUCACUGCAACUGUCCUUGAUCAAGAGGAUGAUGAUGAUGGCCACUUGCUGGCUUUGCAGAUCAUAAGGGAUUUAGUAGAUAAAGGUGGUGAUAUUUUUUUGGAUCAGCUAGCCAGACUUGGUGUAAUUAGCAAAGUGUCAACUUUGGCAGGUCCUUCCUCUGAUGAUGAGAAUGAAGAGGAAUCAAAACCAGAAAAAGUGAGUGGUCUUAAUUCUCUUAACAAUAACUUUUUUUCCCACAGUCGACCAGCAGUUGCAUUAAUUCGAAAGUUAAUAGCUGUAUUAGAAUCUAUUGAACGUCUACCUCUCCAUUUGUAUGAUACACCAGGAUCCACAUAUAACCUCCAGAUACUUACAAGAAGAUUACGAUUUCGCUUGGAACGUGCACCUGGUGAAACUGCACUGAUAGACCGUACUGGCAGAAUGUUGAAGAUGGAACCUUUAGCUACAGUUGAAUCUCUGGAACAGUAUCUCUUGAAAAUGAGACGUCUAGUACGCUCCCAGGUUCUGAAAUACAUGGUUCCAGGAGCUCGUGUUAUCAGAGGCCUUGACUGGAAAUGGCGAGAUCAGGAUGGCAGCCCACAGGGAGAAGGCACUGUCACAGGAGAACUACAUAAUGGCUGGAUUGAUGUCACCUGGGAUGCUGGUGGCUCAAACUCUUACCGUAUGGGCGCAGAAGGAAAAUUUGACCUCAAGCUUGCACCAGGGUACGACCCUGAUACAGUGGCAUCACCCAAACCUGUUUCAUCCACUGUUUCAGGCACAACGCAAUCAUGGAGCAGCUUGGUGAAAAACAACUGUCCAGACAAGACAUCUGCUGCUGCAGGCUCCUCAAGUAGAAAAGGAAGCAGCAGUUCUGUGUGUAGCGUGGCCAGUAGCAGCGACAUCAGCUUGGGUUCGACCAAAACGGAACGGAGAUCAGAAAUUGUAAUGGAACACAGUAUAGUUUCAGGAGCUGAUGUCCAUGAACCAAUUGUUGUUCUUUCAUCUGCUGAAAACGUCCCUCAAACAGAAGUAGGGUCAUCUUCCAGUGCAAGCACCAGCACCUUAACAGCGGAAACGGGAAGUGAAAAUGCUGAAAGGAAGUUAGGCCCUGAUAGUUCUGUUCGUACUCCUGGGGAGUCUAGUGCAAUAUCCAUGGGAAUUGUUAGUGUAAGCUCUCCUGAUGUUAGUUCAGUAUCUGAAUUAACUAAUAAAGAAGCAGCUUCACAACGACCCCUUAGCUCUUCAGCAAGUAACAGACUGUCAGUGAGUUCUUUGUUGGCUGCUGGGGCCCCAAUGAGCUCUAGUGCAAGUGUGCCUAACCUGUCCUCAAGAGAAACUUCUAGCUUGGAGAGUUUUGUAAGGAGAGUGGCAAACAUAGCACGGACUAAUGCCACGAACAACAUGAAUCUAAGCCGAAGCAGCAGUGAUAACAACACUAAUACUUUGGGGAGGAAUGUGAUGAGCACAGCAACUUCUCCUCUUAUGGGUGCUCAGAGUUUCCCUAAUUUGACUACACCUGGUACAACAUCAACAGUGACUAUGUCAACAUCCAGUGUGACUAGCAGCAGCAAUGUAGCUACAGCAACAACAGUUUUAUCAGUUGGUCAGUCAUUAAGUAAUACUUUAACCACCAGCCUCACAUCAACCUCCAGUGAGAGUGACACAGGUCAGGAAGCAGAAUAUUCCUUAUAUGAUUUCCUUGAUAGCUGCCGUGCCAGUACUCUGUUGGCUGAGCUAGAUGAUGAUGAGGACUUGCCUGAGCCAGAUGAGGAAGACGAUGAAAAUGAAGAUGACAAUCAGGAGGACCAAGAAUACGAGGAGGUUAUGAUUCUGAGACGUCCAUCUCUGCAACGUCGAGCUGGCUCCCGCUCUGAUGUAACACACCAUGCUGUCACCUCGCAGCUACCACAGGUCCCUGCUGGAGCAGGGAGCCGACCUAUUGGGGAGCAGGAAGAAGAAGAGUAUGAAACUAAAGGAGGACGCCGGAGAACAUGGGAUGAUGAUUAUGUGCUAAAGCGACAGUUCUCUGCUUUGGUUCCUGCUUUUGAUCCUAGACCUGGUCGUACUAAUGUCCAACAGACAACCGAUCUAGAAAUUCCACCCCCAGGGACACCUCAUUCAGAGCUCUUGGAGGAAGUCGAAUGUACUCCGUCACCUCGAUUAGCCCUCACUUUGAAAGUAACAGGUCUUGGAACAACUCGUGAAGUUGAAUUACCACUCACCAAUUUCAGAUCAACCAUCUUUUACUAUGUGCAAAAAUUACUUCAAUUGUCCUGUAAUGGCAACGUGAAAUCAGAUAAACUAAGGCGUAUUUGGGAGCCCACAUAUACAAUCAUGUACAGAGAAAUGAAGGAUUCUGACAAAGAAAAGGAAAAUGGAAAAGUGGGUUGCUGGUCUAUAGAGCAUGUGGAACAGUACCUUGGCACUGAUGAGUUACCAAAGAAUGACUUGAUAACCUACCUGCAGAAGAAUGCAGAUGCUGCUUUCCUGCGCCACUGGAAAUUAACUGGCACUAAUAAAAGUAUUAGGAAAAACAGAAAUUGUUCUCAGCUCAUUGCUGCAUAUAAGGACUUUUGUGAGCACGGAACAAAGUCUGGGUUAAACCAGGGGGCUAUUUCUACUCUUCAAAGUAGUGAUAUUCUUAAUUUAACAAAAGAACAGCCCCAGGCCAAAGCAGGCAAUGGACAGAACUCUUGUGGAGUAGAAGAUGUCCUUCAGCUUCUGCGUAUUCUGUAUAUAGUUGCAAGUGACCCUUAUUCAAGAAUAUCCCAAGAAGACAGUGAUGAGCAGCCUCAGUUUACUUUUCCACCAGAUGAAUUCACUAGCAAAAAAAUCACAACAAAAAUUUUACAGCAGAUUGAGGAACCACUGGCAUUGGCAAGUGGAGCUCUGCCAGACUGGUGUGAACAGUUAACCAGCAAGUGUCCUUUUCUAAUACCAUUUGAAACUAGACAACUUUAUUUCACUUGUACAGCAUUUGGUGCAUCAAGAGCAAUAGUGUGGUUACAAAACCGACGCGAAGCCACGGUGGAACGAACAAGGACCACAAGCAGCGUAAGGCGAGAUGAUCCUGGAGAGUUUCGAGUUGGUCGUCUCAAGCAUGAAAGGGUAAAAGUUCCACGUGGUGAAUCACUGAUGGAAUGGGCUGAGAAUGUCAUGCAAAUACAUGCAGAUCGGAAAUCAGUUCUUGAGGUUGAAUUUUUAGGAGAAGAAGGGACUGGCUUGGGUCCCACAUUAGAGUUUUAUGCUCUGGUGGCAGCAGAAUUCCAGAGAACUGACUUGGGAGCUUGGCUUUGUGAUGAUAACUUUCCAGAUGAUGAAUCUCGUCAGGUUGAUCUUGGAGGUGGAUUGAAACCUCCUGGAUACUAUGUACAGAGAUCAUGUGGACUGUUCACAGCACCAUUUCCACAAGAUAGUGAUGAGCUUGAAAGGAUCACGAAACUCUUUCAUUUCCUUGGAAUUUUCUUGGCCAAAUGCAUUCAAGACAAUAGACUUGUGGAUUUACCUAUUUCUAAACCGUUUUUUAAACUUAUGUGUAUGGGUGACAUUAAAAGCAAUAUGAGUAAACUGAUUUAUGAGUCACGAGGUGAUAGAGACUUACACUGUACCGAAAGUCAGUCUGAAGCGUCUACAGAGGAAGGUCAUGAUUCACUCUCAGUAGGAAGCUUUGAAGAGGAUUCAAAAUCAGAAUUUAUUCUUGAUCCCCCUAAACCAAAACCCCCAGCUUGGUUUAAUGGAAUUUUAACUUGGGAAGACUUUGAACUAGUAAACCCACACAGAGCCAGAUUUUUAAAAGAAAUUAAAGACCUUGCUAUCAAGAGGCGCCAGAUUUUAAGCAACAAAGGUCUUUCUGAAGAUGAGAAGAACACAAAACUACAGGAACUAGUGCUGAAGAAUCCAUCAGGUUCUGGGCCUCCACUUAGCAUAGAGGAUUUAGGUUUAAAUUUCCAGUUUUGCCCUUCCUCAAGAAUAUAUGGUUUCACAGCUGUGGAUCUCAAACCAAGUGGUGAAGAUGAGAUGAUAACAAUGGAUAAUGCAGAAGAAUAUGUGGAUUUGAUGUUUGACUUUUGUAUGCAUACGGGUAUUCAGAAACAAAUGGAAGCCUUUAGAGAUGGAUUUAAUAAAGUUUUUCCAAUGGAGAAAUUAAGUUCCUUCAGCCAUGAAGAAGUCCAGAUGAUUCUUUGUGGAAACCAGUCGCCAUCCUGGGCAGCAGAGGAUAUUAUCAAUUACACUGAACCUAAGCUGGGCUAUACACGUGACAGCCCUGGUUUCCUGAGGUUCGUGAGGGUUUUGUGUGGCAUGUCUUCAGAUGAAAGGAAAGCCUUCCUGCAGUUUACCACUGGGUGUUCAACUCUACCCCCAGGUGGACUGGCUAACCUGCAUCCCAGGCUCACAGUUGUACGCAAGGUUGAUGCCACUGAUGCAAGUUAUCCAUCAGUCAAUACAUGUGUGCAUUAUCUUAAGUUGCCUGAAUAUUCUUCCGAGGAGAUCAUGAGAGAGCGCUUGCUAGCUGCUACAAUGGAGAAAGGCUUUCAUCUCAAUUGAGCUUUGACAUGCAAUGGGAGACAUCAGAGACUUUUAAAAUACUAGUGAAGCCUCUUGUGUUUGUGUGCAGAGAAGUAUAUGAUCCUCCACGCUAAUGACACUUGCCUUUUUUCCAACCAUUAAGGCUUUAAGAACAUGUGGAAUAAGUUCGUUAGCUGCUAAUGACAAAACAAAUUCUUUAACUACCCAGCCAGCAAGUAUAUAGCACAGAACACUGUGUUGCUUUACAAGGGCUUACAUGACUGGAAUAAGGUGGUCCUACUUUGACUGUUCCAAAGAGCAGCUUCUCAGAUCUUCAGUGUUCACUGGUAAAUUUCUAACAGUGUGUUUGUGUAAAGUUUGUCAUUUCAUACUCCAUACACUACAGUUGCCAUCACUGAUCCCUGUUUUGCUGGCUUUUAAGCUACUUGGUCAGAAGUCCUGCUUCCUUAAAACAGAGAGAGUUAAUGAGCAUCUCAAGCUUUUUCUUUUCCUUUUCCUUUGUAAUGAUGCCUGCACUAUCAGAGUAUUCUAGUGUUCUCUCUUUUGUUUAGCGUAUAAUCAUGCACAACCUUUUCAUUUCUUUGAGGUGGGAGUAUAUUUUUAUUUCCUAAAUGCCGUACUAUAAAGAUCAAAUACUUAAGUGUGUUUAGCUCAAAAAUAAAGAUAUAUUAAGGGGGGAAAAACACUGGUCUAGGUGCAAGGCACACUUAAAGCAAGUUUUACUUUUGGUUGUAUUUUCUUUGUAUAUUAUAAACAUUUAUUUAACUUGUUGCAGUUUGAAGUAAAAAAUUUCCAAAAUGUAUGCUCAACAAUAAUCAUUAAAAUGUUUGCAGCGUA